GUUUACUGUCAUGGUCAAGCCACUGAUAAACUAAUGAGCUCAACCUCCAGAACUACUGGCAGCCUCAAAGCCACUGGAUCUCCAACAGCUUGCUACAGGAACGGACACAAUGGACCACACAGAAAGAUUCAAAGGGAUUCCGAUGUCAAAGGCAAUGAGAGCUAUGUGCAAAGAAGAGGACUACGCCUUCUUGAGAAGCUUGGAUGAGAGACGGCAAGUGUUGUCAGAUGAAAUCCAGCAGGUUCAGAAGGAACUGGAGGAACGGCACGAGGAACGGGUACAAGAACUGAUGACUGUCCAGAGAAGGCACCAAAGGGAGCGCAGAGAAAAAGAAAGACAAAGAGAACUGGAAGAGAUGCAGAAGGAGAAACAGGAGCAGUGGAGAAACCAGGCAGCUACAAGGGCAGCUGCACAGGAGAGAGCCCUCAGAGAGAGAGCAGACCGGCUAAAGCAGUUUCGGGAUUUUCAAAGGCAAGUCCUGGAAGAGGAGCUUGGCCUGUCUUCUGGAGAGAACUCAAAGGUGUUAGAAGACUUGCUCUUGAGAAUUUAGCUUCAUUCCUGAUGAUUAGAGGCAGUCCAGAUCUAUCGAUAACAGAAUUCCUUGGAAAUCACUGGAUUUGCAGGCUCACGUGAAAUUCACAGUCUUCCACAGAUUCACCAUAUUGUGCAGCUACAUCUUCAUCAUAAUUAACAUAAACAGACUGCUUAAGUGACCUGAAAUAUAUAACUUACUUGUUCGGUUCUAGUUUUGUUAAAUUAGCAGAUGUUCUGUCUCCUUCAAAAAGUAGGAGUUCAUUAAAGACUGGAGUUCAGGCUUUGAAAAUGUGGCUCAAUAAGGAGUCUCAUAUGAUUGUGAUGUUUUUGUUUGACAGUUUCUAAAGAUUUUACUGACACAAAUGCUUGCUAUAUUAAAUCGGAAGCACUUAACCCAUACAUUGUUUAAUAUGAUUAUGUUUACUUGAGUUACAUUUUUAUAAGCCAUUAUUAACACAAACACUAAACACACAAGAUGCUCCACAGAACACUCCGCAGAUAUCUACUUCAAAUGUCCUCAUUUUUUGUGCAUAUUUUACAGCAGAGUUGGACUGUCUCUACCAAUGAUUCAAGUAGAGAAUAAGGAUUAUGUAUUAAUUAAAGAGCAUUUAUAGUGAGUACCAAAUAACAAAAUACACUAUAAAACAGUCGUGAUAAAGAUAUUGCAUGUUUUUGGCAUUGUAUGCAGAGUAAGCAUUAAAUAAUUGUAUAACAAUGCACCCCUAGAGUAAUUAAUCUGUUCACACUUAAAUAUCCUUAGUUUCUUUUUGAUAUUAUGUUGCACAUCAUAUAGAACUUGUCAUCACAUAUUUAUUGCAAAUGUCAUAGAUAUUAUUUGACAGAAAUCUAAUGCAAUAUGGCAUAUUUAGCAAAUCCACUAUAAAUCUAUCCAUUCCUUUGACCGACAAGGUUUACCCCAUGCAGAGAUGGAGCCAAUAAGCCUGGCUUUGCCUGGCGACAGAGAUCUGUAUCUAACACUUUGAAUAUGCCAGUCACUAAUGAAACAAAAGGGUUAAUCAAGCCCCUCUCUUUGAAAUUUAAAUGCAGUGGAUACACGCACAGCAAAAGAAAAAAAAAAAAACAGUUUAAAUCAGCUUAAACAGGAAACAAGAGAUUUGAAACAAUUCCACAUCAUCUUGAUUUAAAACCACUACAAGUACAAGAUGCAAUCGUUUUUUAUUCUUAAAUCGCCUAACAAGCACAGAAUAACGCAGGUAGAAAAACCCUAAGUAAAGUGAAACUGUUUGCGAUGUCUAACCAGUCGCAUCCCAACAUAUGUGAUGUCUAAAGAAAUGUAAUUUGUUAUGGUAAAAAUAAUGGGAAUUCAGAAUAAAAUCAGAAUGAUUUUGCAAAUGUUAUGUAUGCUUAAAAGUUUCCCUUUUCUAAAUUAUGACAAUGAAUAACCCAGAUUGGAAGUCCAAUCCAGGGUAAAACUAGCCACAUAAAAUGUUAAAAUCCCUCUGAAAGCUAUAAAAGUUGGCUGUAAACAUUACAAAGCGUUCUCUCAGAUUCAAAAAAUCUACAAGAUUGUGCCUGGAGAUCCUCAGCUUUCAGCUCUCAGCGUUACUCCAUCCAGAUCAGAGGCCCUGACACUGAGAAAACACAAGGUACUGUAACUGCACUGAAACUAGACUGCCUUCCUGCCUCGGUAACAAUACUCUUAAAUAUCAAUAUGGUUUUGUGUGAUGCCUUUUUGUAGUGUGAACAUGUACUAAUAUUUCAUUGGCAAAUUGUUGUUUAAAACCUUGGUUCUUAUUGUAAUGCUUUUAACAUGAUAUUAAAUGUGUAAAUGUCUUGUUUGAUUUCCAAACGUAGUUUUGAUUGCAUGCUUAAUAAAUACCAUCUAAGAAGGGAUUCUCAGUAUUAAGUCAUUCACUCAAGUUGAACAACCUUGAUUUAUGAACUUUAAAUUGAAUGGAUUGUGGUCUAUUUUUGGUUUGUUGUAAUGCGUAGAUCUGCUAUCGUUUUCAGAGAGCAACAUUGAAAAUGGGUUUAUACAUUAUAAUAAAACACGGUUAUUGCUUUUAAGAAUAUUAACUGCCUACAAUAGUACCCUGUAGCAGGGCGAUUGCCCUGCACGUGUGUAUUUAGUGUGGAUAUAAUUUGUAUGGGGAAAUGGGUUUAUUGUGUGUCGUUUCGGAGUUGAUUUGUUUAAUUGAGUUAUUGUUUUACAGACGGGUGCUCGAUUGAGACUUGCUGCCUGCUAGGCUUGGUUGAGGGGAAGGGCAGCAGGUGAUUGGCUGUGCUGGACCUCAAUCAGCAGAUGGGCGGGUCUUGACAGAGUGUCCGUCAGUUCAAAAGCAUCCGCGGGAGAUGGUUCGGGGCGACUGUAACGCCAUGCCAGAGGGGAGCGGCAUAUACUCGGGAGAGAGUCCGUUCUGCAGGAACGACAGCUACGCCACCUGAGACUGCAAGCGGUGCUUGUGAAGAAUGCCCAGCCAAGGCCGUAUGAAGCAGCACGAGUCGUUGUAUGAAUACCGGCUCAUGAGUAGGUUAGUUAGGGGAUUGUGAUCCCAUGUGAUGUAUAGCGAGGGUUACGUAGUGUAGCCGGUUCCUGGAGUGGGACACCUCGUUUUAAGGCUAGCGCUCGCCCUCUGGGGCACCCUUUAUUUGUAGUUUUUGUACUGUGUUUUAUUUUGCCUUUUGUACAGCUUG